AUGUCGCCCGGUCACGGCGCAUUCACCGAACUGCCCGUCGAGGUCAUUACAUUGAUCCUUGUUCAUGUUGACUACAGGAUGCUUCUAAUCUGCAAAGAAGUCUGUCAUUUCCUGCGAAGCAUAAUCAACAAUGAUCAGCUUUUGAGCUACCGCAUCGACCUAGCAGCUGCUAAUAUGGAAGAUGGCUGGGAUAACCUGAAGGGCCUCUCAGAGUCGCAAAAUCAACGCUGGCUGGCACCUCUACCUGGGAAUACAUGGUUGAGUGCCUGGGAAGUACAGGCAGGGAUUCUAGGUCGGAGCUACCAUGCUGAAGACGGGACCUAUGGCGUGGUUUUUGAUCAACUGCCUGCGAUCGCGAGAAAUAUCCCUCAUCGUCAAUGGCACAUUGGAACCGUCGGCCACAACCUCGCGGUUUUCACUAUGGAACCAUCAGAAGACCUGCUUGCUACUGUGCAUCAUGAUGGAGGUCCCCACCCCUCUGCUGCGCUUCCUGUGCUGAAUCUUGAUAUAUUUCACACCUUCCAUCAAGACUUCACGGUCAAGAUCUCUGGAGAUUUCAUCGGCGUUUCCGCCGGCAGGUGGUCUGAGUUUAUAUUGUGGAGCUGGAAGACUUCAACCAUCGUCGGGGUCGCCUCGCAGAUGGGUUCAUUUUAUUAG